AUGUCUAAUUCUUCCUUCUUUUCUUUCCCUCCUUCUCUCGUUCUAUCCCCUCAUUUCCCCCUCUCUCUCUCUUUCUCCUCCCCCCCACAAAAAAUUAUUUCUGUUGAGAGGAAUAAUAUCCGGUUUUAUCUAUCCGUUGUUCUAUCUAUCUCAUUUUAUAUUUAUAUCUAUCUAUCUAUCUAUCUAUCUAUCUCGAAUAACAUCUAUCUAUCUAUCUCUGUCAGUUUCCAUCUAUUCAUCUAUUUAUCUAUUAUCUAUAUAUCUAUUAUUUAUCUAAAGGGCUUCAAUUAUCUAUUGAGAUAUCUAUCCUAUUAUCUAUUAGUCUGUUUGUCCUAUUUUUCUGGAUCUAUCUAUCUAUCUAUCUAUCUAUCUAUCUAUCUAUUAUCAAUCUAUCUAUCUAUCUAUCUAUCUAUCUCUCUCAGUCGGUCAGUCAGUCAAUCAGACUAUCUAUCUAUCUCCCUAUCUAUCUAUCUAUCUAUCUAUCUAUUAGUCUGUUUGUAUUUAUUAAUAAUUCUGUUCGUAAUUAUCUAUCUAUCUAUCUAUCUAUCUAUCUAUCUAUUAGUCUGUUUGUAUUUAUUAAUAAUUCUGUUCGUAAUUAUCUAUCUAUCUAUCUAUCUAUCUAUCUAUCUAUCUAUUAGUCUGUUCGUAAUUAUCUAUCAGUCUGUUCUAUCUAUCUAUCUAUCUUAUCUAUCUAUCUAUCUAUCUAUCUAUCUAUCUAUCUAUCUAUUAGUCUGUUCGUAUAUAUCUAUCUAUCUAUUAGUCUGUUCGUAUAUAUCUAUCUAUGAGAAGAACUGA